UGAAGGUCUUGGAAAGGAUUGUGGUUUCAAGAACUAUAGCAACCAACUGGGAACUCAGUGUUUCGACAGACCAUCGACUACAAAAGGCGGAUUUAAGGAACCAUUGAUUGCAGGUUGGUGCUUCUUGCCUUUAGUUCUCAAAUUUUGAAUUUCUCUUACUCAUUUACCUUUUGUAUAAUGUCUGAGUUGAUCUCUUCCAGGUGGAGUAUUAGGAUUUCUUCUUUUGGGAAUUAUUAUGUUGGCACUCUAUGAGUUUUAUAGCUCAAGCCAAAUUGAAAGAGAGAAUCAAGCUAGAGUUGAGAAGUUUCUGGAAGACUACAGAGCUCUCAGGCCCACUAGAUAUACUUAUGCAGAUAUUAAAAAGAUAACAAAUAUGUUUCACGAACGAUUAGGAGAGGGAGCUUACGGGGUUGUUUAUAAAGGAACACUUUCUAAUGAAAUUCAUGUUGCUGUAGAAGUUCUCAAUGAUUCCAUAGGAAAUGGGGAAGAAUUUAUUAAUGAAGUUGCAGCAAUGGGGAAAAUCCACCACUUCAAUGUGGUUCGCCUCGUUGGCUAUUGCGCUGAUGGAUUCAGAAACGCUCUCGUGUAUGAAUAUUUGCCAAAUCAGUCACUUGACAAAUUCAUUUUUCCAGCAAGUUCCAAAGAUCACAUUACCCUUAAUUGGAAGAAGCUUCACGAUAUUGCUAUGGGUAUAGCGAAAGGACUGGAGUAUCUUCAUCAAGGAUGUGACCAACAAAUCCUUCAUUUCGAUAUCAAACCCCAAAAUAUUCUGUUAGAUCAUAACUUGAACCCAAAGAUCUCUGACUUUGGUCUUGCCAAGUUAUGCUCUAAAGAGAAAAGUGUUGUAACCAUGACUGAAGCUAGAGGAACCAUGGGUUAUAUUGCACCAGAAGUACUAUCCAGCAAUUUCGGGAAAGCAUCUCAUAAAUCUGAUGUCUAUGGCUUUGGAAUGAUGCUACUUGAAAUGGUUGGAGGGAGGAAGAAUUUUGACGCAAAGGCCAGUAAUAGCCAAGUGAACUUUUCUGAGUGGAUUCAUCAACAGCUGAAUGAAGGAGAAGAGUUGAAAAUCAGGAUAGAGGAAGAUGAUGAUACCAUAAUUGCAAGGAAAUUGGCUAUUAUAGGACUUUGGUGCAUCCAAUGGAACGCAACUGAUCGACCUUCCAUUAAAAUUGUUACACAAAUGCUAGAAGGAGAUGGGAGCAAUCUAACUAUUCCUCCUCCUUUUACAGCAAGAUACACCACCCACGUAGGAGCUGGACUGACUGAAUGCCCUUCCAGCGAAGAGUUGACCGUAAUAUCAGAACUAGAAUGAAUGGGAGCCACAUCUAAAGUUCUGAUGUCAGAUUCAGUACAAGUGGAUGCUUGAAUUUCAGUAAUUUGAUUAGAUAUCUGUUGAGUCUUUUAGCUGCUACAUCUCAACUCUUUUACAUGUGCAAGAUAUUUUAUUGUGAGUCACAAUUUGUGACUGUGUCUAGUUUGUUUUUCCCUGUAAAGGUAACUAUUCAAAUAAAUGAUUCUCAACUUAACACUCCCUCAAAAGUUAUUACAGGUACAUUACCCUAAGGGAUCAUCUGAUUGGCCACAUUAGUAAAAUAACUUUUGCAUAUCCGUCAUAAAUUAACACAAUGGUGUCAUUAGGUUGGUCACAUUAGCAAAACAAUACAAGUAUUUAAUCCCACAUAAACAAAUACAAUGAUUGAAUAGCCACGUAAGAAAAAAUAAUCUCCACAUAACUAAUGCAACACUAAGAAUAUACUUAGUUGAAAACUUACCACAUUCAGUCAUGUCAGACGAAAACACCCACUAUUAAUUGCAAAAGGAGUACAAUAUAUCAACAAUGGCACAUAGCAUGACACAGAUGCACAAUGACCUUAAGUUUAUAUGCAGAAAGCACUGAUUUAAAAAAACAAAAUAUGUGAAGAAAGUAUCAGAUAUAAUUCACAGAUUUCAAAGAAAAAGAGGAACCUAAAUUGGCACGACCAGUGUGUAGCUUAAUCAAUCAUUUACUUUGAGCAACUAAAAUGUUUUUCUACACGAUAGGAGUCCGAUUCUUGAAAGAGUCAAUAUCCAUACGGGGAACAGCCCAAUAUAGAGUGUUUAUAUGAUGUGACAUGCGCUCUUUACACUUCUAACUGUUUAGAUGUUCUAUGCUGCCAAUAUUAGCUUAGAGAUGUACUGUGACAUCAAAUGAAACAAAGGAAGGCACUUUUGUACUAUAGUCAGGAAGAAACAAGAUGGUGAUCAUCAUUUAUUUUUCUUUUCCUAGCAUUUUCAUCAUCUCAACAUCCAUGAUAUUAAGGACUGGUUUUCUUACUUUCUAUUCAUAUUCAACAUUUCAACUGAAAA